AUGUCAAUCUGCACCCUCAACAUUUACCGCUUUCAUGCAAAGCCUUCUAAAGAUCGUUCUUAUACACCCUUACAGCUUCUCGCCGCACUCAAAAGGAAGACAAAAGGUUCCCUGAUUUUUGUUUCACAUUGCCGGACAAUUUCCAAACGUGAAGAUGUAAUCAGAGAGCUAGGUAGGUAUACCGAAAUUACCGUCAGAGGUAAAUGUGAGAAACAAUUAUCUGUAAAUAACAGCUUGGGAAGUGAGUUUUGCAAGUCAAAUUGCGGAGAUGAUGAUCUGAUAGCUACACAUCGCUUCUAUCUUGCAUUCGAGAAUAGCAUUUGCGACGAAUACAUCACUGAGAAGUUCUACGUCAGAAUUACCGAAUUACUUGUUCCCGUUGUACUGGAAAGAAAAAUUUAUACAGAUACCGGAAUUCCACCCGAUUCCUUCAUAGCAGCUGACGACUUUAAUUCUGUCGCUGAACUGGGAGAAUACUUGAAUUAUUUGCGCAAAAAUGAUACAGCUUAUCUUAGGUACUUUGCAUGGACGCAAUAUUACCGCAAGCCAAUAUAUCAAACCAGUGCGAUGUGCAAUUUGUGCGAGGACAUCUACAAAGGGAAAAAAAUUAUCGCCAGCGACAUAAACAAAAGUUUUAAUAUAAACGACUGCCAUUGA